GCUCGCGGGCGCGCCGGCGCGCCGGCGGGCGCCGGCGGCAGCGCGCUUCGGCGCCGGGGGCCCCGGCGGGCGCGCGGAGGCCGUUGGGGGAGCUGAAGGUGGGCGAGACGCUGGAGGGGAAGGUUGCCGGCAGGUCUCAGAAGGGCGUUCUUAUCGAUGUCGGUUGUGCGAGGAAUGCGUAUGUGUUCGCAAGCAGAAAAGCUGCCCUGGACAAUCUCAAGCCCAGACAGAUCGUGAGUGCGACGGUCGAGAGGGUCGAGAAGGAUGGGGCACUCUGGGUGUCCGUUGAAGGACUGCCCAAGGCAAAGAGGUUGACGCGCGAGCUGGAAGCAGGCGAGGCGCUAGAGGCCCGGGUGUCUUUCAAGAGCAAGAGCGGUGUCUUUCUUGACGUCGGUUGUGAGAGAGAGGUAGUUGUCGCACGCCAAUAUACAAAUGGUUUAUGAGCGCCGCCUCGAGAUCGGUCAGACUGUCAGCGCGAUUGUCGAGAAGGUGGGCAACACGCCAGUGGUUUCUCUCGAAGGUUUGCCCAAGCUGAAGUUGCUCGAGGAUUUAGUAGAGGGCGAGACGGUCGACGGCGUUGUGGCCAGAAAGACGGGCGCUGGCGUUAUCUUCGACAUCGGCUGCGAGUCGUUCGGGCUCCUCAGGCGAGAUAAACAGCGUGACGUGUUCAAGCUUGAGCCCAACGAGAGUGUGAAGGGCUUGAGGAUCGACAGAAUAGACAUCAACAAGUCCAGGAUCGACGUUUCUCUGGCUGGCCUGUCUGACCUCGUGGCUGGCCGGCCGGAGAUCGAGCGCGACGUGGACAAGAAGGACACGCCUGCUGCCCCGACGAAAGCGAAGCCGAAGAAGGAGACCGCUGAGCCCGAGAAGGAGGCGGGCGCGGCCAAGAAGAAGAAUAAUAUGAACAAGGAGGAGGCGACGCAGGGGGCCACCCAGAGCGUAGUCUUGGACGGCGCGGAUCUCCUCCCGAGCAUGAAGGGCGGGUCCGUGACGCUCGAGCUGACUGGGGGCCUCGCCAUCGAGAGCGUCGACAUGGCCAGGGGGAUCAUCACCCUGACGCGCGACGCCGCAGCCGCGGCGACGAAGAAGAAAAAGAAGAAACAGAAAAAGAAGAAGAAGGUGAACGCCAGCAUCGCCGCCGCCGGGGAGGAGAAGGACGAGGAGGACGGCCCCGGCGGCCUGCUCUUCUGAGAGGGGGGGGCGGCGGCGGCCGGCGCCGCGCGCGGCGGCCACGCGGGCCGGCUCGGCGGCCCGCGCCCAGGGGGGUCCGACGAAGGCAGCUGAC